GCCGUUGCAACAGCAGGAGGGACGGAGUCUUGUGUCGAAGUCCGGCUGACUUUGCAAUGUCCAGGCAACUGCUGUCCAGCCCCUGGGGUCUUCUCAGCAGAAGGGUCUUGCCCGGCUGUAGAUCACUGCGCGCCAUGUCCUCUGCAGCUCAGCCGCCCAGCUCAGGGCAAACGAAUGUGAUUACUGAAAUUCGUGGGACUGUGAUGACCAUUGGCAUUAACAGGCCGGAGGCCAGGAAUGCCGUGAACCAGGAGACGGCACAGUUGCUGUGGCAGGCUUUCAAAUCCUUUGAAGAGAAUAGUUCACUAACUGUGGCAGUGCUUCAUGGCUUGGGAGGCAAUUUCUGUGCUGGUUAUGAUUUGAAGGAGCUGGCCCGCAACCCAGCCUCGGUCAAAUUCGAACAAGAUGUCACAAAAGGUCCUGGUCUGAUGGGGCCUUCCCGUAUGAGAUUUUCCAAGCCUGUGAUUGCUGCAGUUAGUGGCUAUGCGGUAGCUGGUGGUCUUGAGCUGUCCCUCUUGGCUGACCUACGUGUUGUGGAAGAAAGUGCCGUCUUUGGAGUGUUCUGCAGGCGAUUUGGUGUUCCACUAAUAGAUGGUGGCACUUUAAGACUGCCAAAACUGAUCGGUCUUUCACGAGCCCUUGAUCUCAUUCUCACUGGUCGGCCUGUGAGUGCACAAGAAGCCUAUGAUUUUGGACUGGCCAAUCGGAUUGUUCCCAAUGGUCAAGCGCUUCAGCACGCUGUUGAAUUAGCGGAACAGAUUUCAGCAUUUCCGCAGCAGUGCAUGCGUCGAGACAGAGACUCCGCUUACCACUCUGCGUUUGAUGCUUCCUCCUUCACCGAAGCCUUGCAGUUUGAGUUUGACAAAGGACUGGAAGUGAUACUGACCGAAUCUGUUCCUGGUGCUACUAAGUUCUCUUUAGGACACGGGCGUGGUGGAGCAAAAUUAUAGGAGUUCACUAUUGCCUGACAUCAGUUAAAGCAUUUAUUUUCUAUGGACUGAGAUCUUGAAAACCGAGGUUCGAAUCUGCACUCUGCCAUAAAAACUUUCUGGGUGACCUUGGCUCAGUCACACACUCUCAGCCUUGACCCUGGCAAGUAGUUGGAUGGGAGACCACCAAGGAAUACCAGGAACGUGACGUGGGUGCAGGCAAUGGCAAACCACCUCUACAUAUAUCUUGCCUUGAAAACCCUACAGGGUCUCUGUGAGUCAGCUGUGACUUGAUGGCAAUAAUAAUACUUAAUAUUUCAGUGUUAAGGUCAUAAUAAGGAAAGUUACUUAUAUCUCUCUCAUUAAAGUGUAAACUAUUUUUAUAAUAUGGUAGAUGGAACAUUUAAACUGCUAGCAAGGACUGCCAUUAAAAGAAAUUGUAAAUGCAAAUUAGAGCAACCCAAUAUUUACAUAUUUGAAACCUAAAAUAGUUGCCAAUUAACUGAAUUCAGUAUUUUAAUGUGCCAGAGGAAAUGUUUAUAAUUAUUACUUUACAUGGCUAGUUUUUAAAUGUAAAGAUGAAUGUUUCUUUCUGUACUCAGUAGAAGAAAAUUACUUUGGUAAGGCAUGACCGCUUUACUCUUGUCUGCAACCAUAAGAAUUCCAAAGAAAUAAAUUCCGCAGUAUUUAAUCUGCAAA